GUUUUAUUCUUUAAUCGGUUGAGUACGUGUUGUUUGCUAUUUUAGUGCGCUCGUAUCUGAAAGAUACAUUAGAGCUAAUUAAUAUAAUUUAAUUUUAAUUUACGUGCAACAAUUGAUGGCAAUGUACGAAAAAUUCAGCUGAAAUAUUUUAACGCUCAAAUCCGCUAUAACGUAAACGCCUUGUCGUCUUAUCGGUAUUACGUAUUCGAUAUCAGCGAUAAGUGGACUUACGAGUAUAAUAAUAAUUUGUAAUAUUUAUGUGACAAAAAAAUAUAUCCAAUACAAUUAAUUUCAUUGUAUUGAUUGAUUUUUCAUAAUUUUUCUGCUUGGAAUUUAACAUCGAACGAAAUAAGUCUGCGAAAACCGGUUUAGUGGCUGUUGCAGUGAUGGUAUCGUUUGUUGUUUUUUAAUUUAUUUUCGAAAAAGAAAUCUGCACUGAUGCUGUAAUAUAUAAAAAUAGUGCGAAAUUGUUUAAUAAGCCAAUAAAAGAUACGUGAAAAGUAAGACGAAUACAUGAAAGCAGUGAAUCAGUGAAGAAACAAAUCAAAAGGAAAUUUUUUAAAAAAGCUUUCAUAUUUCCAAAUUUGAUUUUAACCAGUGAAGAGGGAAGUAAUAUUUAGCUGCAUUUAAUCACAUACAUACAUAUAUGUACACAUGUACAUACAUAUAUCUAUUGCUGCUAGAAGAUAAGCUGUGACCUAUGAAAUUGAUAUUACGUUGUGAGCUCUGUGCGUGCGCGUGUGUGCCCAUUGAAUCAUCAACGCUAUCCUAAAGCCAGAUAAAAGCUGGAACUAUGAGCUGAGCCGCAUAUAAUUUAAUCAACGAAAGCAUUUGAGUUGCGCUGCAUUGUGUUCUUGUAUCGCUACGCUGCUAAGUUUUUAUUUGUACAUACAUACAAACAUAUAUACAUGAAUACAUGUGUAAUAUUUAUAUAGCAGUUGUUUGUUAUAUGCGAUUUAAAAAAAAAAAUUAAAUAAAAAAAGGCAUACAAAAGCUGAUAUAUAUCCGUUAAGCGUUCAACACUCAAAAUGCCAACAACACAUUGCAAAUAUAUAACUGUACUAAUCGUACUAUUUGGCAUAGUGAACGUCGCCCAGUCGAUUGAUACGCUUAUCAAUUUUUCCGAGGGUUUGGACGGGCCCAAUGUGUGUAAGAAACGUGAAAAUUAUCCCGUUGAGGUGACCACCACCGAAUUACAGUCAUAUCAGGAACGUCAAACCGUUUGGUGUCUCAGUGUGCCACCGCGUUGCUCAUCAUAUCAAAUCAAACAUCGGACGGUGAAUAAGACACGAACGCUUAUGAAAACUCGCAUUGUGCGUGCUUGUUGUGAUGGCUAUACAGAGAAUCUACAUGGCGAUGGUUGUAUUCCGAAGUGUGAAAAUCCAUGUGAACACGGCAAAUGCAUCGCGCCGGAGAAGUGUAAAUGCGAACAAGGCUGGGGCGGUGAUACGUGCGAUAUAAAUUGUCCAGCAGGCCACUGGGGACGUGAUUGCAGUAAACAAUGCGAUUGCCUUAACAAUGCCACAUGCGAUCCUGCGACGGGUGACUGUGAUUGCGCCAAAGGAUAUACGGGUGAGAAGUGCGGCGAUACAUGUCCGCCGGAUCACUACGGUGCCAAGUGUAUGGAGGAGUGUCGCUGUGAGAAUGGUGGCAGCUGUCAUCACAUUUCGGGCGAAUGCAGUUGUGCGCCUGGCUUUACGGGGCCCUUAUGUGAAGAUUUAUGUCCCGACGGUAAACAUGGCGUGCAGUGUAAACAGGAUUGCCGUUGUCAGAAUGGCGGUAAAUGUGAUCCGAAGAGUGGCGCCUGCUUGUGUCCAGCCGGUUGGACGGGCGAUGUCUGUGCCAACAAGUGUCCCCUCGGCUUCUUUGGUGAAAAAUGUAAGGAGCAAUGCGAAUGCUUCAAAGGUGGUCCCUGUCAUCAUAUCACUGGCAAAUGUGAGUGCCCGGCCGGCUACUUGGGUGAGCUUUGCUAUGAGGAGUGUCCGUUCAAUACGUACGGUGUAAAUUGCACGGAGAAGUGCAAGUGUCAGAAUGAUGCGAAUUGCGAUAAGGCGACAGGCGCUUGCGAAUGUGCGCCCGGCUGGAAGGGAGAUGACUGCAGUGAGCGUAUUUGUCCAUACGACAAAUAUGGCAGUGAUUGCAAUAAAACGUGCGACUGCGAUGCGCCCAAUACACACUAUUGCCAUCCGGAGACGGGUAAAUGUUACUGCGAGAGCGGUUGGAGUGGCGCUCAAUGUAAUCGGCCAUGUCCAUUCCUCAAAUACGGUCCGAGUUGUGAACUGAAUUGUGAAUGCUCGAAUUCGGCGCGUUGUUCACCGAUCAACGGUACCUGCAUAUGUGCGCCGGGCUUUCAGGGUGAGCGCUGUGAAGAACGUUGUCCGGAGGGUCGUUAUGGACAGGACUGCGCACAGAAAUGUGAAUGUCAGAACGGUGCUGUAUGCUCACACGAGACGGGUCAAUGUAGCUGUACGGCCGGUUGGCGGAAUAUUAAGUGUGAUCGUCCCUGCGAUCUCUAUUAUUAUGGUGAAAACUGUAAAUUCAAGUGUAAUUGCCAAAAUAAUGCCGGUUGUAAUCCACAAAAUGGCACUUGCACUUGUGCGCCCGGCUGGAUGGGCGAAAAAUGCGAUCAGAAAUGUGAGCCGUUUACGUUCGGGCUCGGCUGUGAGCUACAAUGCGAAUGUGAUGCGAAUAAUACGAUUGCUUGUGACUCGGCGAGCGGGAAGUGUGUCUGCAAGCAGGGUUGGGGAGGUGUUCAUUGCGAGACAAAUUGUCCAACUGGUUAUUAUGGUGAAAAUUGUGAUCAAGUUUGCAGAUGUCUAAACAACUCCUCCUGUGAUCCCGACACCGGCCGCUGCAUUUGUUCGGCUGGCUGGACUGGCGCUGACUGUUCGGAGCCGUGCCCGCAUGGUUUCUUCGGUGUUGGCUGCCGUGAACGUUGCCCCGACUCGACACAAAAUAACACCAGUUGCGAUCACAUAACCGGUGAAAUGGUCUGUCGUCCCGGUUACAUUGGCUUGACAUGCAAACACCCAUGCCCGAGUGGCUACUACGGUCCGGGCUGUAAGAAUAAAUGUCACUGCGAGAAUGGCGGCGAGUGUAAUCAUGUGUCGGGUCAAUGUUUGUGCUUGCCCGGCUGGACUGGUGCCAAUUGUAAUAUUUCAUGUCCCGAUGAAUACUAUGGUCCGAAUUGUGCGCAGCAUUGUCGCUGUCAAAAUGGUGGUACCUGUCGUAAGAAUGAUGGUUUCUGUGUUUGCCCGGCAGGCUGGAUGGGUACACGAUGUGAAGAAGUAUGUCCGGAGGGUUUCUAUGGCAAACAUUGCAUCACUCAAUGCGAAUGUCCAUCACAGAACUUCGUCUGUCACAUUGCUGUCGGCUGUGUUUGUCGUAAGGGUUAUACGGGCGCUAAUUGCGAUAGGUUGGCGGCUGAGGAACGUAUACAGGAGGCGCAAGUUGAAUCCAACAAGGGUGCUAUCGUUUGGGGCUCCUUCAUAUUCCUCAUUUUAUGUGGCAUCAUAAUUGCGCUCGUCUUCUACUAUCGUCGUCGUGUCUCGAAUUUGAAGACCGAAAUCCAACAUGUGCAGUACAUUAGCGACCCCAGUCAGAAUUGGGCUGAUCGACAUAAUUUCGAUAAUCCUGUUUAUGGUUUCCCUGAGCAGCAGCAACAACAGCGUUUACUUAACAAUAAACGACCGAUAAUAAAUAAUUUGGGGCGCAGUGAUUUGUAUACGGACAAUUCGAAUGCGAGCACUGGAUCUGCUUCAUAUUCGGUGAACUUCUCAAAUGAAAUGUUUACCAAAAAUUUAACUGCUGAUCUCACCAAUCCGAAUGUCUAUAAUUCUUAUGAAGAUCCUUUGAAGAUGGAACAUGUUUACGAUGAAAUUAAACAGAAAGAGGGUUAUAAUAAUCCUGUCAAAGUGUAUUGCAAGCAACUAUUUCCUGAGGGUAAGACCAAGAACUCAAGCCAAAAAUAUAUGAUCUGGUAUGAAUACGAUCACUUGGACUACUCGCGACCGAGCACAUCCCAAAAACCACAUUACCAUCGCAUGAACGACACAUCGCUUAAUCUGAAUCGUGACGAAGAAAAGCCCAGCAAUUUGAAAGCAAUGAACCAACUUUUGGAAACACCAACAACUAUAGCAAAUGGCAACGGAACGCUCAAGGAGACAGCGGAAGAGUCUGAUGAUACAGCGGCAUCAACAUCGCUGGCCGCACUUACCAAGCAAUAUAUGGCCGCUGCAGAGGAUGCCACAAGUGAUAGUAUAUGCGAUAAUGCAUCAACUGCCUCACCCAGUUCCAGUCCGAGUCAUGUUAUUUAAAUAAAGAAUAAUAAAUAAAUAAUGAAAUAAUGCAUUGUAUGUUAGCGUGUGUGUAAAUGCGUAAUUUUAGUUUAGUUAUAUUAUGUAAUAUUAUGCAGAUAUUGAUAUAAUUUAUAUAUAUGCAUAUGGUUUUAGUUAAGGAAGCGUGAAGUGUGUGUACUGUUGUUUGAAAUGGAAAUUGAAAUUGCGUUGAAAAAUGCUCGAUAAAGCAACGCGUUUAAAAGAAGUGCUAGUUUCCAUGCUUUUAUGUUCUUUCAACAAUUGUUGUUGUAGACAAAAUAACAAUACACAGUUUUUGUAUAAUAUACGCUUCCUUAUUGUCACAUGUACUCAUAU